AUGAGAAUAUCUACCUUGUCUGCCAUUACUGCUAUAAUAGCAGCCACUGGAGCUGCUCCAGUUAUAUAUACCAAUUACGUUACUGCUGAUACCACCCACGUUAACUGGGUCACUGUUACUACGGGAACCACUACACAAACUGGUUUAACUACCAUUUAUGGGCCACCACCUACUGAUACCCCAACUACAUCUUCAACAUCUUCAGCACCUUCGACAUCUUCAACAUCUUCAACAUCUUCAACAUCUUCAACAUCUUCAACAUCUUCAACAUCUUCAACAUCUUCAACAAUCUCAAGUUCAAGUUCAACUUCUACAACUCCUUCAACGAGCAGUACAUCAUCCACCUCCUCAACCGCCCCAGCUACUACUUCCUCGUCUACUUCAUCCACCUCCUCCUCAACCCCAGCAACUUCAUCAUCAAGCCAAAUGUCAACCCCUUCAACUGACACUGCCUUUGCCAACUCAAUAUUAAACGCUCACAACCGUGUACGUGCCUUACAUGGAGUUCAAGACUUAGCUUGGAACGACACUUUAACCAAAUACGCCGCCGACUAUGCCGCCAGAACUUUUUCAUGUGACAAUGUCCAAUUGGUCCAUUCCGGUGGUCCAUACGGUGAAAACUUGGCUGCUGGUUACCCAGGUGGUGAUGAACCUGUUAAUGCAUGGUACAACGAAAUCAAAGACUACAAUUUCGAUUCGCCAGGCUACUCAUCUGCCACGGGCCAUUUUACACAACUUGUUUGGAAAGCUACUUCACAAGUCGGAUGUGCUUAUGUCACGUGUAAUAAUGCUUGGAGACAAUACACCAUUUGUGAGUACUAUAGCAGGGGAAAUAUCGUGGGUACUGAUCACACUACUGGUAAGUCAUACUUUGAAGAGAAUGUGCCACGUCCUGUUUCUGGUCAAGUUCAGUUGCAAAAAUAA